AUGGAAGCAGCUGCGCUGGCUCCGUCACUGAAGAACAUAGCUCCACAGCAGGAGUAUCUACUGCAGGGUAGUAUUCUGGACACUCAUCGUGAUGUAUUACUGCACCGUUUACGGGGACUUUGUGACAACGCAGAGAGAAACUUUGAGGCAUUUUCUGACUAUGAAGCUGUAUACGUGUUGCGGAAUUCCAGCACGGCACAGCAGAGUCAGAAUCAGCAUGUCACAUUCAGAGUUCGUCAUGCCCUUGACCAUUCAGAUGCACCAGACCAUAUUAGGUAUCUGGGUCAAGCUGAACUGGGAGACAGGAGUAGGCACACUUUGGUGAGAGCCUGUCUGGAUGUUGCAUGUUCAAGUAAUGUCAGGGAUUUCCUUACAGAAAUGGGCUUUAGAAUAGACCAUGAUUAUGUAGUCAAGGGACAUUUCUUCCACAAGGGAAGAAUGAAAGUGACAGUAUACAAGAUAUUCAGACUGAUACAACCUAACAAGACAGACCCUCACAACCUUGAGCCUCUAGGGCAGUCACAUUUAGUGGAGUUGAGCGUGGUGGCGCCACUUGGGCAAGAACAGAUUGGUGAGGAUAUGAAGAACUUUGCAGAACAGUUAAAACCACUGGUGUUACUAGAAAAGUUUGAUCACAGAAAAAUUCAGUGA